UUAUCAACUCCAUGCAAAAAAAUGCGCCUUUUAUAAUUUUGUUUUAAAAUUUUUCAUAACUAAAAUUAAUAAUAAAAAUUUCUAAACAACAAUGGCAUCAACAAAUUCAAAUACAUCUUUAUCCUGGAAGAAACCAGAUGAACUCAUUCGUCUCCAUCGAUUGCAACAAAAGAAAAAACAACUAACAGCGCGAUUAAACAACAAUAAAGCCAACAUCGAAAUCACACCAAAUGACAAGGAAAAACUCCUAGAAGCUGUCAUUGCCCAAAAACGAAAAAAUCCAUUUGCCAAAUCAUCAGAAACAUCCAAGAAACUCAAAUCGAAUGGUCCUGAAUUAAUCGAUGACGAUUCCGUCCUUUCACUCAUCACAACUCCACCUGUGACUAAACAAGUCGAGACUGUUGUCAAAGAAACUCCCCAACGCUCUCCCCCCGCCAAAUUGACCUUAAAACCAUUCGAUCCAAAAGCCUUCUCUGAGUUAUUCAGUAAAGAAUCUCAUGAAGAUGAUUCAGAGAUUGUUGAACAACAAAAAUUCACCAAGAACUUGCCUGUCGACUGGAGUCUUAAAACUCGAGCACGGUUUUUCUGUGAAACCGAUAUGCCAGCUACUAAACUAAAAACCAGUCAAGAAGCCAGUGGACUUACUGGCUUUGUGAGAUGUAUUGACACUCGAAACUCUUCUGGAGGGUUAGAUAUAUCCCCAGCAGCAAGACUGAAUCAAGCCACUUACUAUUGGCAACAUCCUCAUCUUCCUUGGUUAACAAUGUUCCCAAGGAAUUCCAAAGAUAACAAUGGAAUUCAUAUUGGCGAACGAGAACGAAAGUCUCUUGCUGUCGAUUGGAGUGAUAGUUUCAGAGGACUCUUUCAAUUGUUGAGAGCAAGACAAUGUCCAUAUUUCUAUCUAUGUGCCAAUUCCUUUACGAUACUCUUUCGAGCAGCUGGAAUUGGUGGGAGAGUGGAGACACACGCUCUCAUGGCUCCAACUUCAAAAGGCAUGAGAUCGUCCCUUCGACAGGAGGGUAUCGAGUUCAGUCUCCCCCUCAAAAAGGAUUCUGGUUUGAAUAAAUCCGCCGAUGGAAGUUUUAAUGAAGGAAAAGGAGAGGCAUCUGCUGAUGGGACAGAAAACAAUGUCGCUGAAGAUGCUGUGGACGAUGAAGAUGAGGAAUGGUUUGAGAGUCUGGGAAUGGAUGAGAAGGAAAUGCAGAAAAUCAACAAUGCUCAUGCCAGGCAGUUGCAAUACAAGGAUAUGGCUGAUGAUUUCAGUGACAUAUCUGUGGCCUUAAUUGAAGGAGUCGAGUGUCAGGCGUUCUUUAACUUUCUUUUGAAUGCCAAGAGCACUAUUACCAGCGUAGGUCGUUUAGCUGGAGUGCCACCGACACUUUUGGCUCCAAUUGCAUUCCCUAAAGCGACGAUACAAAAUCUCAGUUCAAGAUCAAACAAAGUGAGAAUGGAUGGAGUUGACUAUUUCAGUGUCGAGUUUAAGGGAAUAGUUUUGCCAACUGUCCUGCCAUAUGCCUGUUCUUUGCUUUGCGAGUCAAAGGAGACGUUCAGUGUUACGAUGGCAAGCAACACUUCGACAUUGGCAUUCAGUAAAGCUUCAGCGAAACUUACUGAAUCUGUGAAGAAGGAAGAUGAGGCAUCAGGGGAGCAGGUAUUCGGCAAAGAGAAUCUCUCAGACUGUGGUCUUCACACAGAAUUGCUAGAUUCCCUUUGUCGAACUGGGGAGAACUCUGUCGGUCUAAUGGAAAGAGUUUGCUUUAAAAAAGGAUUUGGCUACGCAUGGAGUUGAUUUUUGUUUGUUAUAUAUUUGUUUAUUUAUUAAAAAAUUAUUAUGUACUAAUCUA